ACUCCAUCGCGCCACACGGCACACUUUUGCUCUGUCAGGGGGGCAUCAUUUCCUUUUCACCAAGGCUCAGGUAUUUGAAUAUAUUACAUUUGAAUAAUUUCCAAACUUGUUCACCUUCAAAGCACACUUGGAAUAGAAAAGCCAGAAAAGCAAUGAUAGAAAGCAUUAAUAGCAUGAACUUCAGUCGUGUCACAGUCCAACAUCUCCAACAAAUCCAGGAAGACAACAAGGGUGAACUACAGCAAAUGGGCUUGCAGAUAAACUUGUGUGACAUUCCUUACAUUCAACUUUAAUCAAUCCACAAUCUCCCAUCUACCUCCCAAAAACAUCAAGAUCAGAAAAGCUGUGAUGGAUGGCUUCUCCUAUUCACCUGCUGUUGUUGUGUCUAGCUUCGACAUGGCUGCCAAAGCAAGCAUGUCAGAACCACAGUCAUUGAUGAGUCACCCAUCCACGAUGGCAAAUCCAGCGGUUGACAGGCUGCUGAAACAAUUCCACCAUGCCAAGCGAGCGAGGGUGGAAAAUAUUAUCCAGGGCAUGUCAGGUCUACCCAAAAUAAGAGCUCCUAGGGAAGGUGGGAGAAGUGAUGGGGGUACACAGGGUGGUGAGACAUUUCUCCAGACAGGUAAGCGGAAAGGGAGCCUCCCUAAAAACCAUAGCCACACGUUGGGAGGAACCUGUGGUGACAAAGGAGAAGAGUUCAGAAAGCUGAGGGAGCAGCUGUGGGCCAUGCAGAGGUUCCUUGAGGACCUCCAGCAGCAGCAGGGCUUCCUCCGGGGUGACCAGCUGAGCUGCUCCCAGGCAUGGGACCAGGAGAAGGGUGAGACGGGCUUGCCGGAGUAUCACAACAGCAAGAGGGACACAGAAUCUCCAGAGGGCUCUGACUGCUGGCCUCACACCCACCAAGACAAAGAGCAUAAUGGGAGGUUUAGCAAGAAUAAAAUGUAUGGAGGGCAGAUUCCCCAGGAAGAUGAUAACAAAGGAUAUAACAACUUGCUGGAGACUUUGAAGCGGGAGCUAUGUCAAGCCAUGAAUAAGAGUGUGGACUUUGUGUUUGAAAACCUAUCCCCAACUUUGCGUAUUCAGUCUCAUCAAGCAUAUGUGAAGCAAGUUCCAUUUCCCAAUUAUAUAAAACCCAGGAAUGAGAUACUGAUCCCCAGUCCUCAAAAACCAUCCCUGGACAAAGAAGAAAGAUUGCCUGUAGUAUUUCAAAAGAAGUCUAAGGUGCCAUCGACAGAAGGCCAAACGGAGGCUCGAUCAUUCGUCAUUAGCAAUCCACCUUUGACUCACUGGCCCUCACUGAACCAGAAGGCAAAAAGGCAUUGCCAUUCUCUCCAGGCACCAUUACAGUUAAACCAGCAAAACUCUCAGCAAGAAAAACAGAUUCUGGAACACCUCAUGUAUGGCCCACUUGGUAACCUGGCAACCCUCCAAAGCAAGAGCCAAGCCAUGGAUCAGGAGAAGGUGAAGCCUGAAGUGUACUCCACUUCCAUGGACCGCCAGGCACAUCCUGUAGCUCUGAGUCAGGAAACAGUGGGCAGUCUUUGCCACCCUCAUGCCUUUAUUUCCAGGGACAUACAGGCUGUAGCGGAGAGGAACUUCUUUAUGGCUGAAGGUUUAACUCCCAACCAUCUGAAGAAGGCAAAGCUGAUCUUCUUCUACUGUCGAUAUCCCAACUCCAAUGUGCUGAAAACGUUCUUUCCAGACAUCAAAUUCAAUCGCUGCAUUACUUCCCAGCUCAUCAAGUGGUUCAGCAACUUUCGCGAGUUUUACUAUAUCCAGAUGGAGAAGUUUUCCCGCCAGGUCAUCGCAGAUGGCGUCAACAGUGCAUCAGACCUUUCUGUGACCAGGGAUUCGGAGCUGUUCCGAUCCCUCAACAUGCAUUUCAACAAAGCCAAUGACUUCCAGGUUCCUAGCAGAUUUCUAGAGGUCGCCGAGAUUACACUCAGAGAAUUUUUCAAUGCCAUUUCACUGGCCAAAGACCUGGACCCAUCGUGGAAGAAAGCGAUUUACAAGGUCAUCUGUAAAUUGGACAGCGAUGUCCCAGAAGUUUUUAAAACCACAAUUUCCUGGUGAAGUAUUACCACCAGCCAUCAAUGCGGUCUACAGACAAGACAAAUUAGUCUAAAAAGAAAACCACUAAGUUUAAGACGAUUCUACUGUACGUGUCUAGGCAAACAUUUCAUAUAAACUUACCAUUAUCUUCAGACACUGCAAUCAUUUCUGCAAGUGUCUUUCAGUACAGGUUUGACUGUGUAGUUUAUACCCUUCAAGAGCUCGACUUGAAUUAUAAGUUUAUUUUGUAUACAUCAUACAAAGAAUGUAUAUGUUUAAGUAUAUUUGUGGGCAGUAUGUAGGCUAGAGGUUAAGGUACAUGACAGGGCCCCGCAAGGUUGGCGGUUUAAUCCCCAGUGUAGCCACAAUAAAAUCCGCACAGCUCUGGGGUGCUUGAGCAAGGCCCGUAACCCCGCAUUGCUCCAGGGGAGCUGGUACCCUGCUUAGUCAAAUUAACUGUAAGUGGCUUUGGAUAAAAGCGUCAGCUAAAUAACAUGUAAUGUAACGGCUCUUUAAUAAAGUAUCACCAUCUCCUUA